GAGGAGUCGGGGGUCGCGGCGCGAGGAGAGGGAAGCGGUGCAGGCGACCGCGGCGGACUCCGCCCUGGCUCCGCGCUCGCGCCCGAGGGAACCGGCUCCGGAGCCGAUAGGCGAGUCCCGGGGCCGCUGGCUGCUCGAGCCCCGCCGGGCCGCUGCUCGCCCGAGCCGGUGAACGCAGCCCCCUGGGCGGGCGUCUGGGCUCUUGGCACUAGUUGACUCGUUACCAGAAUGGAGAAAGCUGUUGAAACAGAUUGAUGUCACUUACACCGACUGUCGUGGAGAACAUGGGAAUUUGGUGGAGCUGGGGAGGGGGGUAGUUAACUGUCCCCAGGCACGUCCAUGGAUCUGCAAAUGAAAAUACGGAGACUCCAUAUAAUGACCUCGCAGUGGCGGUAGUUUUCUUGAUUACUGCUUCAAAAAUGUUUGAUAUCAAGGCUUGGGCUGAGUAUGUUGUGGAAUGGGCUGCAAAGGACCCAUAUGGCUUCCUUACGACAGUUAUUUUGGCCCUUACUCCAUUGUUUCUAGCAAGUGCUGUACUAUCCUGGAAGUUGGCUAAGAUGAUUGAGGCCAGAGACAAGGAGCAAAAGAAGAAGCAAAAACGUAAAGAGAAUAUUGCAAAAGCUAAGAGACUGAAAAAGGACUGAAGUAAUGAACAGAUUUUGCAACCACUGGAAAAUAUUACAGCUUUGGAAGUAUCCCCUAAAGCUUCUCUGGAUUUUACGACAAAAGUACAACUUCGUAAAUGAAUUCUGAACAUACAGAAGAAUCAUGCUCUGACCUCAUCUUGUCACAACUUUUGGACUCUGGUGUAGAAGUCUUGCUGACAGUUGUAAAUUGGCAUUUAUUAUGCUAUAAAUUCUUUUAUAACUGGCUUAGUUAUUUACCACAUAGGAGUUGAUGUACUGAAGUGACAUUCUGUGGAGAAAAGUGAUUUGAUUUAUACCUACUAUUUACAUAAUAAGGUUCUUUUCUAAACAAAAGAAAUUAAGAAUGUGAAAAUCAGAAAUGCCCUCUGAGUAAAAGGUCUAGUGUAACUUAAAAGAGA